AUGUCUUCUAGUAAGCCAAUUUCUAUCUCCAUCCAACCCCUCAACUACGCCGACAUCCCCGCCUGCGCCCGCAUUACCUCGUCGGCUUUCUCCGUCGACCUCCACACUAUCGUAAAGAAAACAUACAUCUACGCCAAAGCCGUGGAUGACGAAAUGGGCGAAAUCGUCGGGCAUGCCGGGUGGGCAUCUAGGAACCUGGACCCGGCGCUAGUCCCGUGGAGUGGACCCGGAGACACGAAGCCGGCGGGGAGGAGCGAGAGCAACGGCAAACGAGGAAUGACGAAACGGGAAAAAAUAUGUGGACGAGAGUAG